GUAGCAACACGACGCGAACGACUCAACCUGUCAAACAAAAGUCAACAUUUUUUAGAACGAAAUCAAAUUUUUCAAGUGUUGCAUAGACAUACUCAGAAAGGCGCGACAUCAUCAGGUGAAGUUCUUCGAGCUAGUUUUUUUAUAGAGAUGGGAGACAGCAACGAUUCCAAGUCAGAAAAUGCGGAAGAAGACGCUGCAACGACAGAGAAGACGGAGAAGACAGAUCGCGAGGCGAAGACGAUUGUCGACGAACAGUCGGCCGACAAAGGCGACUCCGUUAAAGUCGAGGAGGCGACUAAAAAAGAAACCACUACCGAAGACCGCAAGGAGAACGUUGAGGAGAGCAAGACCGAAACUAUUCUGUCGUCACAAUCCCUCAAGUCCUCAAAUCCUUCUAUAUCGAUGCCAAACGACCACCCCGCCACGCCAUCCAUAUCUACCCCCCUGACCGUCAAGGAGAAGUACCUGAACAGGAACCAGAGCGACAUACUGCCCUCCCUGCGCGAGGUACCUCGGGAGGAAGACCCCUCGCUCAUGAUCUUCUCCAGCAAGGGUCUGCCCACCAAGAAGUACUUCCGUCGCAGAGAGAUCAAUUCCACCGUGCUACCCUUCGGGUUCGACGAGAAAGAGACCCCCAGGACGCCCAGGCUGAAGGUGGAGGCGGAGCUGACGCCCAAGAUCUCGCAGACGGUGCCCAACACCCCGAGGAAGCUGGAGGAGGCGACUAAGAAGGCGCCCUUCAACGACAAAAACCCGAACAUACCCAACCCGAGCGUGUCGAGAAACGUGCUCACAGGGCGCGGAGUCAAUUCGAAGGAUGAGUUCAAGAGCAAGUCGGCGAGGCGCAAAGAUGGAAAUCCAGUGUUAGGUGUAGGAUACGACGAACCUGUGGUGGUCAGUAACGUCGGUAGGGUACCACCAGGUGGUUUUUCAAGUGGAUUAUGGUAGGACCAAACGAAUAGAGUACUCACCACAUCGAAAUCGAGAACAUUCGAAGCAUAAGUGAAGUGAUUUUGUUAUUUGUGUGUGUUUUUUGACACGAUGUCCGAUAAAAAAUAUUUGUAAUCUAAAUAAACAUUUCACAUACGGUUA